AUGACAGAAAGAGCGGUUCAGUUUGGGGUGCCACGUGACUUUUGGUACGCUCCGAAGGAGAAGUGCUUUUGCAAUUUGUGCCAUAUUAGGGUAAGUUGAUUGAUUACAAAAUGUUUGCACUGUGCAGACCGGUUUUAGUUUAAAAAUUUUGAAAAUCACUUUUUUUAGGUCGAAUUAUACUUGCACUGUGCAGAUUUUUCGUUUUUUGGAAACUGCACUGUGCAAAAAUAAAAUUUGUUCUAACUGCACUGUGCAAAAAAAAUUUUUAUUCGAACUGCACUGUGCAAAAACAAAAGUUUUUCUAGCUGCACCGUGCAAAAAUAAAAUUUGUUCUCACUGCACUGUGCAAAAAUGAAAUUUUUUUUGUGACUGCACUGUGCAAAAACAAAAUUUUAUUCGAACUGCACUGUGCAAAAACAAAACUUUAUUCGAACUGCACAGUGCAAAAACAAAAUUUGUUCUUACUGCACUGUGCGCACACAAAAUUUAUUCUGACUGCACUGUGCAAAAAAAUCUGUUUCUCCAACUGCACAGUGCAGCCCAAACCUGAUCGCACUGUGCAUUGUUAAGAUUCCAUUUUGCACGGUGCAGUCAAAAACUAGACUGCGCGACUGCACAAUGCAGAGUUGUCGCUUCUUGACUUUGUUCUGUGCAACAAAAUUUGUUGUCGCAAAUCCGUUUCCUCAUUGCACUGUGCAAUCAAAUCUGAUUUCUUCCCACAGUGCAAUUGUUUUCUUUUGUUUUUUCACUGCGCGACAGCGACAAAUUCUGAUUUUUGCACAGUGCAAAAGACCGGAAAUUUCUUGCACCGUGCCAAUUUAUUGCUUUGUGACCGCACAGUGCAGUCAAAACUAUUAGAAGUAAUUUUGCUAUUUUUUUACUUUCAGACUGGUUCAGUAUGGGCUUGUGUGAUUACUUUUGCCAUCUCGGUGGCUGGGAUAAUAUUCAUCAUCUUCCAGCGACAUCAACUUGAUAAACUGACUAAUUGUAAGUCAAUUUUCUCCGAAAUUGGACUCUCAAACGCCAUAUUAUUGCAGUAUCCGCCAUUUACGAGCACUAUCCGUUACUUGGCGCCUUUGUUUUGCUGAUUUUCAGUUCAAUUUUGGCGUUGAUCGGAAGUUUAUCGCAGAAAAAGGCCUUUUAUAUCCCGCAUUUGGUGGUAUCUGUAAGUAAUAACAUUUGUAAUUUAAUUUAGAGCAAAAUAUUUUUAGUUCUUUAGUCAGAUCAUCUUUAUGUAUGGAGUUAUUUGGUUUGUAAUACUUUUGGUCAGCAAAAACAAGGAAAAUAACGCACAUUACUUUGACCUAGCAUGGCUGAUUGGCCUGAUUAUUGGCCAAGUUGUCCUAAUAUACUUGUUGGAUGUGAUUUACCGAGAUUACAAGUAUUUGAAUAGGAAAUUUGGAUGA